AUGACGUUCAUCGCCAAGACCUUCUACGACCUGAGAGCCACCACGCUGGAGGGAGACUCGGUGGAUUUCAACGUGUUUCGGGGACGGGUAGUCCUGAUAGAGAAUGUGGCCUCUCUCUGAGGCACCACCACCCGGGACUACAGCGAGCUCAACCAGCUUCAGAGCAAGUACCCCCAUCGGCUGGUGGUCCUGGGUUUUCCAUGUAACCAGUUUGGAUAUCAGGAGAACUGCGGCAAUGGUGAGAUCCUGAAUUCCCUGCAACAUGUGCGUCCAGGCGGCGGCUUUCAACCCAGCUUUACCAUCUUUGGGAAGUGUGACGUCAACGGGACAAGCACACACCCGGUCUUUGCCUAUCUUAAAGAUAAGCUCCCCUAUCCUGACGACGACCCCACCUCCCUCAUGCAGGACCCCAAGUUUCUGGUUUGGAGUCCCAUCAGCAGGACUGACGUCUCUUGGAACUUUGAGAAAUUUCUCAUCGGGCCGGAGGGAGAGCCCUUUAAAAGAUACAGCAAAAAGUUCCCCACCAUUGACAUUGAGCCUGACAUUCAAAGACUGUUAAGAUUAACCAAAACCUAA